AUGAGUUUUAAUUAUUUAUUUGAUGAAGAAACAAGCUUAACUUUAGCUAAAGCCUUUAAAGAAGGAAAGAUCGAAGAUGCCACAGUGAUUCAAAACAACACGAACGAGAUUUUAUCCAAAGAAUCAAUCCCUCUUCCUGAAAUCAUGAAAAAUGUAGUUAUAGUAAUGAAGAAUUCUCCUGUAUUACCUACAAUUCAAUAUUCUUGUUAUGAAUCAAUGAAAGAAAUAGCAAAUAAAUAUAACGUCAAAGGAUGCUUAGGUUAUAAAGUUGCUGACUUACUCUUUCAAUCUCAGUAUGACAAGGAGCAAAAUUGCUUCAAAGAAGAUUCGAGAGUUGAAGUUAUAAUGGAAAUGAUCAACGUUUUAGAUCCGUUAACAAAUGAAGACAGAGAAAUGGCAAAAGGACUGUUUGAUACAAUUAAUACUGCAUUAAGUAAAGAUGAAAGAUAUGCUGAUUUUGUCAAUCUUGAGGAUUAA